GUGUGUGUGUGUGUGCAGACCGGGAUCUUACUGAGAUUUUAGGGUGGUGGCUGUUUGUUUAACUGGAGCAGCAACAACAGAAGCAAAUGCGCUGGAAUGCGGUCGGCUAGCUAACUUUACUCCGUCGAGUUUGAGCGAAAAUUCACAUUAUCGUUCAACUUUUAUCGACUCAUCUCUUGUUUUGUGCGUGUUGAAUUUUGAGGACGGGUUAUCCCGGUCAGAGCAGCUUUUAUUAAUUCAUUCACAGAUAAAGCUAGCGUGCUAAGUGAACACAGAUGCAGGCCAUAAAGUGUGUGGUCGUCGGGGACGGGGCUGUGGGAAAAACAUGCCUUCUGAUCAGCUACACCACCAAUGCUUUUCCUGGGGAGUACAUUCCCACUGUGUUUGAUAAUUACUCUGCCAAUGUGAUGGUCGAUGGAAAGCCGGUGAACUUGGGACUGUGGGAUACAGCAGGGCAGGAGGAUUACGACAGACUUCGACCGCUUUCCUACCCUCAGACGGAUGUGUUCUUGAUCUGUUUCUCUCUUGUGAGUCCAGCCUCGUUUGAGAACGUCCGUGCGAAGUGGUAUCCAGAGGUCAGACAUCAUUGCCCCAACACUCCCAUAAUUCUCGUUGGGACUAAGCUUGAUCUGAGAGACGACAAGGACACCAUUGAAAAGUUGAAAGAGAAGAAGCUCACUCCCAUCACCUACCCUCAAGGCCUCGCUAUGGCCAAAGAAAUAGGAGCUGUGAAGUACCUGGAGUGCUCAGCCUUAACGCAGCGCGGCCUUAAGACGGUGUUCGACGAAGCCAUCCGUGCGGUCCUGUGCCCGCCUCCUGUGAAGAAAAGAAAGAGGAGGUGUCAUAUCUUCUGAACUGACUGCACAGACAGCACCAACUGCAAUCUGAGCUCACCUGAGAGGAGAACAAUGGAGGCAGGGAUGAUGGGAAAUGUGUGUUGGGGAAGAAGAAACAUACAGAUAUUUCUCUCUCUUGCAUUGUAAUUAGAAUUACGCCACUAACUAGCUGUUAAGACGCCUGAGUAUUUGCUUCUGAAGGAUGGGAGCAGCAUUCAUAGUUGUUUCCCAUCAUACUUUAAGAAAUUCCUGCUGCCUUCUAAUGAUUUUCUUUAUUUUCCCCCUCAUUUUGAUGUUAAGAAACUAAAUACUCCUUUCAGUUUCUCUGUUUCUCCAUCUUUGUGAGCCCAUAUAUAUUGUUUACAAUCUGCAUUUUUGUAGAAAAUGAAUUAUUGCCAAAAGUUAAACCAAGUCGUGGAUUUCAAUUUGCUCACACUAACAAUCUCUUUUUUUCUUUUCUUUUUUUUUUUCUUAAAGGGAGGGGGGUUUUAAUUGUGUACUUGUAAGAGUCAGAGAUUGCAGUAAUAUUGAAGGAACUAUUUUACUAGAGGACAGCUGAAGAAAACACUUUAUUGGUUCGAUGUGUUAUGGUUCCCAUGUUGGAGAGUUUAUUUUGUUUAACUGUAUAAGAAACAAACCUAGUUAAAAUGCAUAUAAUAGCUCUGUUUUGUCAGCAUAUAGCAUAUUUUCACUACUGUAUCUGAAUAUUCCGAAGGGCAGAUCUCUUGUUUAAUCUCUCUCUGUAUUUUAGUCAGUCUGUUAGAGGAGUCUGGCAGUGUUUUAUCCAUUUUACAGUCCAAGUAUUGUAUUUAGACUACAGAUCUACCAGUGCCUAGUAUCAGACCAGGAUUUUGUUGGUAAGCUGAGCAUGUCAGAAAUGUCUAUACUGUAGACACUGUCAUGGGGUCUAUAUCCUCUAAAGAUUGGAUAUCCUCCCAUGAACACCGCUACUGAUAAAUGUAGUGGAUACUUGAGAACAGUAAUUCAACUGAUUUGUUGUUAGACUACGGACAUCAAGUAUUAAACUUACAAUUGGUCUUGGUUAAAAAUAAAACGGUUGUAAUUUGGCACAUGGAAUGUUUCAUUUGAAAAAUUCUGUAACCAUGGCAGUUUGAAAUGCUUAUUCAUGCUUUUACUGUCUCCACUAAAACUACAAUGUAUUAACCUUUAUGUCUGAAAUAGAAACCCAAUCUAAAAACC